AUCCUUAAGUCAGUUGUGGCUAUGAAUUCAUUUCCCCUUUCCCUCCAAUCUUCUCCUCAACCGCCGUUCUCGUUACCCUUAACACUCGAAUCCCGAUGGCGGCGGCGAUGGUGCUGGACGGCGGCGGAAAUGGUUUAAUCCUCGGCCGUUCGGGUUUCGGAACAUCCAGCUUCACCUAUGCGCUCUCUCUGCGGAGAUCGAGGUUGGGAAACGCCUUUGCUACUGUCUUUCACGGCAAUAAUCGAGAUGCGUUUCCGCCUAAACUCCACAUCGGAAAUGGAUCCUUGAGAUUCAAAUUCGCCUGCAGAGCUGCCGACUCGACUCAGUCGUCGUCCUCCUCCGUUGCCUCGACUACGGCUGAUAAGUCCACCGUCCCCGACACCGAAUUUUCGCUUGCCAAAAUUUCUUUCGGAAUUAUUGGAUUAAGUGUUGGCCUUACCCUUCUCUCUUAUGGUUUUGGGGCUUACUUCACUAUCCUCCCUGGAUCUGAAUGGUCAGCCAUAAUGCUGACAUAUGGCUUCCCUUUAGCAAUUAUCGGCAUGGCCCUCAAGUAUGCAGAACUUAAACCCGUUCCCUGCUUGACUUAUUCAGAUGCUCAACUCCUGAGAGAAAAAUGUGCAACUCCAAUUCUUAAGCAGGUCAGAAAUGAUGUUACAAGAUACAGGUAUGGAGAUGAGCAGCAUCUGGAUGAAGCACUAAAGCGCAUUUUCCAAUAUGGUCAGGGUGGAGGGAUUCCACGGAGGAGUGCUCCUGUUCUUCAAAUGAUUCGAGAAGAAGUGACUGAGGAUGGAAGAUACUGUUUGGUGUUGGUAUUCGACGCGAAGUUCCUGGAACUCUCCGAUUUUCAGCAACGACAGGCCAAAUUUGCUUCUUUCUUUGGACCAGGAAUCACAGCUGAAAUUGUGGAAGGAGGAAAACACGUAUACGAGGUGAAACUAAUUUCCAACACUACACUCUAGACAAGUAAGACAUACGCUUAAUAUAAAUUAAGUUUGUAUAUGCUUAAUUAAUUACAUCUUUUUUACUAUACAUUUCUCUGACCUCUUA